CAGGAUCCAGAGAACUUGUGCCUCGCAGUUUACUACCUUGAGCGACGUGCAAAGAAUGGAGAAGAAGUUGAGGAUGAAGCACGUGAGUUAGCCGGAAAGAUUUUGAGAAAUCCUGUCAGCAGCUACAAUGGUAUGAAAGCAAUACUAAAUGUUUUCAGAAACUAUGUAUCUAUUGAUGAGGCCAUUGAUUUGGCAGAGGAGGCUCUGGAACAACAUCCAGAUGUGCGUUAUCUGAUGAGAUGUGCCGCACUCACUCUCAAAUGGAAGAUCAUUCUUUCCGGGGACAGUCGCCCAAAGCAAAGCACGGUAGAGAGAGCAAUCAGUCUCCAUGAGGAGGUGAUUUCUCGUUACCUUCAUUCUUCAUUUGUGACGAAAGUAGACCUUGCAACUAUAUACACGGAGUCCAACAUAGCUAUAGCUGAGCAGAUGUACCAGGAACUGCUAAAAAUUGAUCUGGAACCUGCAGACAAACAGCUGCUUUACAACAACUACGCAAAGUAUUUAAACUUCCGUCGACAGGAUCACAACAAGUCAAUAAAAUAUCACAUGAAGGCGGCAGAGAUACCGCAUCAAUCCUUCUAUCGUGGGAGCAGCAUCAAAACUCUGGAGAAGAUUAAAAAUACACGCAGGAACCGAAUGUGGAGAGAAAUAGAGGAGUUUCUGGAAAACCUGCAAGAGCCAUAGUGGUUUCUUUACAACACUGGUCCUAAAUCUGGAAAAAAAAAUGUAUUGCAUUGCCUAACAAAUCUGAGAAUACUUAUUAAUUGAGCUGUAUCCUUUUAUCAGGCAAGUGUCUGCAAGUUUUUACACUUUAGUAGUUAAUGGAACACAAAAGCUUUAAAAAUUAUAUCAAAAACCUAUAUAUUUGUCGGAAGUAGUACUCGAUUUGUACGACAUUCAAUAACACUGGUCUUUUAAAUAACAUCCACUGUGGACAUGUCUAAAUGUCAUUAGCAUUAUUCAACAUCACAUGGUUUAUUACAAUAGAUUUUGAUCAGAUGUUGUGUUUAUUAUAUUCCUGUUGUGUUUUUCCCCUCUUAGCACUGUAUUUUAAGUUUAUGUAAGAACAUUACUAUUACUACUACUAGUGUUGAAGAAAAUCAUCAUAUAACCAAGCUGAAAUCAACACAGUUGGUUUUAUAACAGAUAGUUCCUUGAAAUAAGAACGUCAGUAGCUCCUAGAACGACUGCGUCAGGAAACCUGGGCGGGUGCGAUAAACACUUCCCCUACGCACACCAAAUGUUCUGUCAAAUUUGUCCGAUAUCUGAUUCAAACGUGGACAGAAAGAACAUACCAUAUUUGGAGAGCAAGAUGUGCUUUGGUUGUGGUUCAACCAACUGGUUUGAUUGGUGGAAGGUGACAUAAGGGGGCUGAAAUUAGACUAUAAGUGUAAGAACGCAAUAACUAAUACUUUGGAUCUGUUGUAUGUUGCCUUGAGCUCAUUAAAACACUUCCUGCUUGGUUGCAACUCCAA